GUUAGUCAACCUACAACAUUCAUACGAUCCUGGUUGGUGGUUUGAAGACUAUAGUUAUCAUGUUGUCAUGGUUAGUGUAUUUACACAGAUGUUCAAUUAUAUAUCUACCAUGUUAGAGAUCAACAAAUGAUUAAAAAGCAAAAGAUACGUCCUGUAUAAUUCAAAUGAAAAUGUUCUUCAGGAUUACAAUUACAUUUUGUUUAGCGGGACUUUUACGUGCUGAAACUUGUAGGAGGAGCAAUUUAUUAAGAUAUGAAAAUGUGAAUUGUGGAGGAGGUAUCCGUUGUCCAAAUACAUUCAAAUGUAUCAAAGGAGAGUGUUGUAAAUAUAAGGAUUUUCCAGACUGUGAACCUGAAAUGAAUCCUAAGACCAACGCACCUUGGGCAUGUAGAGGAGGAGGAAGUAAGACGUGUAGCCCUGGUUAUGUGUGCGAGGAACAUGACCAAAAUGUAUACACUGCUUGCUGUCUCAAUGUCACUUGUGUUGAUUCAAGUGGAUUUUCACACAAAUUUUACGACAAGCCAUGGAUAAGUAAUGAAGACAAGUGUAACAAAUGCAGCUGCCUCAAAAAUGGAGAGGUGAAAUGUACAGAUAAGAGAGGUUGCAAAAAGUGCAGAACACCUUAUGGGUUGAAGACAAGCCCAUACCAAUACUGGAAAGACAAUUGUACACAGUGCACGUGUAAGUCAAAGCUGUAUACUUCGUGCACAACGGCUUGUGAACGUGGAUUGAAAGAUAAGCUGACUGACUACACAGCAUGUGACGCAGAUAUGUGUGGUAAACAGGUAGCCGUGCAACAAUGCCAUAGUGCAGAAGGGAAGGAUGGAAAUCCUUGCAUUGGACAUAAAAUUGCAAUAAAAAGCUGCAAUGAAGUUGGAACCAAAUGUACUGGAAGACCUGGUAAACGAUUGAAAGAAAGUACGCCUAUUAUCAUAGGAGGCCUAGAAGUGAAUCCUCCUCAUAAUUUCCCGUGGAUGGUGCUUAUAGACUCACAAGGCUGCGGGGCAUCACUUAUCUCACCUAGACAUAUUCUUACUGCAGCUCAUUGUAUGACAAAUAAGAAAAUAAAAACUGUAACUCUGAAAACUGGCAAACAUGACAAGACAAAGAAAGAAGAGGGUGAACAAUUCAGAGAAGUGAACAAAUCCAGCGUAAUAAUACAUGAGAAUUACAAUGCUACGUCUCAUGAUAAUGAUAUUGCUAUCAUCAUUGUUCAUCCACCAAUUAAACUAGAUUAUCAUACACAGCCGGUGUUGCUGCCGACUGAACGUUCAUUUACAUACAAAACUGUUUAUAGAAAACAGUGCCAGGUAACGGGCUGGGGCAGAACAGCUAUAAAUGACUGGUGGGGAUCAAGCGUUCUUCUACAAGUAGUUCUCAAGAAAGAGGCGUGCAGACUUAAUGAGACUGACUUACAGUAUGUAAACGAUAAUAUGUUCUGUGCAAGUAAAGACGGAAAGGAUUCAUGUUUCGGGGAUUCUGGAGGACCGUUCAUGUGUCGACAUCCAAAAACGCGGUGUUGGACUCAAUAUGGGAUUGUUAGUUGGGGGCCAUUAAACUCGUGUGGAGAAAUGUCUGGCGUUUACACCAAAGUAAGUAACUACAUUGACUGGAUCAACAAUAUAAUAUCUACUGAUGGAGGAUGGGGCGACUGGACGAAUUACACUGAUUGUGCAAAUGGUAUGAGAAGCAAAGCAAGAAUCUGUACAAACCCAGAGCCAAUAGGAAAUGGUACAUGUCAGGGAGAGGGUAACGUUUUUAAGGAUGAGGAAAGUGGACUGUAUGUGAAUAUCUACACAGAAAAGUGUGAAAAAAUGUGAUAAAACUGGAACAGAUAAAUAUGUAUAGCAAAAUUAGCUGAUCUGAUCUGAAUUUACUUGUAAAAGCUACUUGUUAUGGAAUAAAUUAAAGUUUAUGGUCA